CGGCAGCCGGAGCCGCCUUUCCCCGCCCGCUGGUGGGUCCCAAGGCGGGACGGGGGGGAGAUGGGAUCCGCUCUGUGAGCCGCCGGGCUGGAGCCCCCGUUUCCAGCGGGCUUCGGGGAGCCGCCGCCGGGCUCGAGAGGCUCCCAGCGCCGCUGGCUGGCUCUUCCCCGGAGGAAUCUGCCCGGCUCGCCUUAGGUAAUUCUCUAAUGGAUCAAUGAAAACAAAACGAUGACAAGUUGUGGUCAACAGUCCUUGAAUGUGCUGAUGGUUGUGUUCUUAUUGCUCUUGACAGCAGCAUUGUCUGCACAUUUUCGUGUCUGUGAGCCAUAUACAGACUACAAAGGCCGCUACCACUUUGGUUUUCACUGUCCACGUCUUUCUGACAAUAAAUCUUACAUCUUCUGCUGUCACCAUAACAACACGGUAUUUAAAUACUGCUGCAAUGAGACAGAAUUUCAGACUGUUAUGCAGAUGAACCUAACGGGGAAUGCAGAUGGAUAUAUGCAUAACAAUUACAGUGCAUUGUUAGGAGUGUGGAUCUAUGGCUUUUUUGUUGUGAUCUUGCUGGUACUGGACCUUUUAUAUUACUCAUCAAUGAACUACGAUAUUUGCAAAUUUUACCUGGCAAGGUGGGGAAUCCAGGGAAAGUGGAUGACACAGGCACAGAGCCGAUGGAUUAACCCUGCUCAGAAUCCAAGCCAAGUACAGACUCAGCCUCAGCCUCAGAUGUCACAGGCAGUACAUACUUUAAAAGGAGAUGCUUUGAACCCACCACUGAUGUCUUUUCAGAGUUCAUCUGCCUGAAAACUAUAAUGAUGUGCCUCAAGAUGGGAGAGGUGAGUUUAGAAUGCAGCGAGCAGCUUUCAAGAGCCAACUAUCCACGUGAAUGACAGACAAACAAACAAACAAAGAUGACACUGCAAGAUGGAGUUUGGUCAAGACAUCUGACAAGAAUCACCUCCUAUCAACUUACAAAAACAAUGUUGAAAGAGUUCAGAAAACCAUCUGUAAGCAAUAUUUUAAUUUUAGGUCAAGAUUAUUAUUUUGAAAGGAGACAUCGUAUUUGAUGGAAAGCUCAAUACAGUGAAAUACAAGUUGCUCUUGCAAGAUCCAAGCCAAGGUGGACAAGGACAACAAAACAAACCUUUGGCAGAUCAACUUUCUUUGCCUCCCCAUCCAUCAAUUGCCAUUUGAGCCUAAUCUGUGUCAGAAUAAUGAAUGUGAGUUAUUCCAAAGUUCUCUGGUGAAUAUGUCACAAUAGAGUAGAUGCUGACAUUCCCCGUCACUGUUCCCUCAAUCACACCUCACAAUACAAAGGGACCCCUCAUCCAAUCAGAGUGCAGGGUAGUAGUCAUUUCAGUCCCUGAUUCUGGACAUUUUAUUCACAGCAAUGAGACUGGAAUGACAUCAUGAAAUUCUUGAGCACAACAAGUGGCCUCAACUGUACUUGCCCUCCAGAGGAGGGUACAAAAAUUUUAAAAAGGACAACCUCUCCCCUUCCUCAACCUGAUAGGAAAUGAAAAGAAAAAUCCCUCAGAUUACAAUAGCAAUAACACCACUACUCCUCUGUUUUACAAGGCAAUAAUCCAAUCCCCUCAGGGCGAUAGUUAUUCAGCAAUUGAUUGGUCUCAUAAUUUAUCCCCCUCAGGAAUGGGAGGAUUGCUUUGCAAGCCAGAACAGCAAUGGGAUACUGAGUCACUGCGUGUUGCAAUAGCCUGACUCUAUUUUAUGGUAGGGAUUUAAUCUGAAGACAUAUAAAAUAUAUUUUAUAUCAGGGUGGCCAAAUGUACUGACCCUCUGAGCCACAUAAAAUAAUCUUCAGAAGUUUGAGAGCUGGGCGCACCUGCUGGGGCUCAGGGCUUCAGCAGGAGCAGGGCUGAAGCCCUGAGCCCCAGCAGACACCUCCAGCGAGACUAGAGCCCAGAGAUCCCCCUCUCCGCAGGGCAGAAGCCCCUAGGCCUACCACCCUGCCGCAGGGCGGGAGCCCUGAGCUCCCCUCUCCCAGUCUGGUAGGUGGAGAACAGGGGAGGGAGGGCUCCGUGAACUGCACUUUAACUGUGCAUGCGGCUCACGAACCACAGUUUGGCCACCCAUUUUAUAUCAAUCAUUCCUGUGAAAUUAAGUCAUGCAGCAAGACAUGGUUUUAUACAGAGCACCUGGUGACUACAACCAAACAGAGGAAUUCCUCUGGAAUCACAGUACUCAACACAGCCACAUUAGUGCCAGACUAAUUCAGGAUGGCUAAUAUUAUUCCGACCAACACCAAAUGAUCUGACUGUGACUUAGCUGCAUAUAUUUGAGAGCAUCAUCAAUAGCAGGAACGCUUUCCAUGUCUACUGAGUAACACGAAGUCUUCUGUUCAAACUUCUUUGAAUUGAGAGCAUUUUUCUUUUUCUACUUAACAGCUAAGGGAUACAUUAUUACGGGACACUUUGGGCCAAGUUAUGGCUACCUUGCAGAAGUGCAUUAGAUAGUGAAAAGGCACAGAGAGGUGUCUGUUCUGGAGAGCAGAAGCAGGGGAAGCCAGCCAAUCUUGCCUGCAGCAGUCCAGUUCUGAGAGGAGGCCUGCCUGAGGAGGACGGGACAUCUCCAUGUCCCACCUCCUUGCAUGCCAACCAGUCAAUGCAAAGUAUCACUGUGGGGAAGAGCAUGCUAUACCCAAUGAAAAGGUGUAGCAAGUGCUACAGGUAAGCAUGCUCCCCCUCAGCACCCUUGCAGCCAUUGGACUUGCUCCUGCUCCAUGCAGAAGGCCUGCAGCAUCCCCUUUGUGAGGGGUACUCUGAUGCCCCCCUUCUUCCCCACACGUGAUUCAGUUUGUAGAGCCAUACUAGAGCCUUUAAAGAUGUACUGUGGUAUUGUACAUGGUGGCAAAUGUAGUAAAGGGAGUCAAUAUUUUUUAAAUUCUCAAUUCACUUUAAACCACAGAGCUUUUAGUUUUCUAAAAUAGCAUUUCAUGAUACCAUUCAAAGCACUUUAGUUGAAGCUGGGACAAUAAGAGCUCCAUCAAAGGGGCAUUAUAGAGAGUUUUCAGAUACUGGUACAAUACAGCAUUGGGUUUUUGCAAAAAUAGUAUUUAGCCUGAGCAAAGGGGCUGUGCUUGCAUGGAAGGGAGAAUACACACAGUAGAGCUGUGAGAUGGAUGCCUCAUUCCCAACUUGCCAUAAAGGCUGGAAAAAUCAUGUAGCCAGAAGUAACAUUGAUUCUGGCCAUGCCUCUGUGGGCAACAUGCCUCCUUUUCUUUUCCUAUCUGCCUUCGCUUGCAAAGACCAACCCCCCCUCCCCCCCGAGGUUAUAUCUACAACACACAGAGUCUCCUUGCACACGUUUUUGGCUACUUAUUCCUUUCCCUCCAUCACAGCAGUAACAUAGCAUUUCCACUCUUUAUGGACCUGACACACACACGUAAGGUACCACAGGAUCAAGUCUACCGAAGUUUGGGAACGAUUUGUUACAAACAGGAAUAGUAAGAGAGGCACUUAGCACUUCCAAGGAUCAGGCCUGCUGAUCCUCUGAGAAUUGCAGGGUUCUUAGACCAGCACACUCUGUUACGCAUCGUUCACUGGGUGAUGCCUACCUCAGCACAACAGGCUGAAUUAAGGAUGGAAUGUCAGACUUCAAAGCCAACUUAGAAAUCAAACUUCUCCGUAAUAUUUUAACGACUAUAUUACUACAAGAAGCAUGUGUGCUUACUGUCAAUGAAAGACGAGAGAAAAGUUAUUUCACUAUUUUUUCCAGUUUGUUUUCUUUACAGGCCUGCCUGCACUUUGGGCUUCUCUAAACUUGAAAUACUAGUGCAGCGCUGCAGCCGUGCCGCUGUAGUUCUGCAGAGCAGACACUACCGAAUUCGACGGGAGGGGAUGUCCUGUCAGCCAGAGUUAAUCCACCUGCCCAAGAAGCCGUAGCUAGGUUGAUGGAAGAAUUCUUCCGUUGACCUAGCACUGUCUACAUCAUGGGUUAGGUUGGCUUAACUAGAUUGCUCGAGGGUACGGAUUUUUCAGACCCCUGAGCCACUUCGCUAGGUCACCCUAACUUUUUAAGUGUAGACCAGACCUUUGUAUGUAAUCAGUUUCUCUGUUUCUCCUGUAGAGGCAAUUUCCCCUUUCAUUUGUCUGGAUCUUUCAUGCAAUGAGAGUGAGACUGUUAAAGAACAGAAGAAUAGGAUCGUAAAAAUCACAAAAGCUGGCCAAGGGACGCAGGAGUGAGUGAGCCUUAGAACUCACUUCUCUUAAAUUAAUAGUUUUCAGAUUUUUGGUGUCCCUUUAAUUGUAGCAGUCUCGAGUUUUGUCCAUUCAGGUCUCAAUUUUAGUAAUAGUGAAACAAAUGUGUCAGAUACCAAUAGCAGUUUCCAAACUUCAGCUGAUUGAUUUUAACCUUGCAUAACAUAAAAUGGAUUCUCUGGGCUAGACUCUGAUCUUGAGCACCAUUUUACCCCAGGGUAACUCCAUUUACUUCAAUGGAGUCACUCUGGACUUACAACAGGGUGAGAAUCAGGCCCACAGCGAAUAUUAUCCAUUAAAAUAAAUGACUAUUUUCUGCAACUCGGCAACUUUACAAUCAACAGAAUUGUUUCCUGUACAUAGUCAUUCAAAUGGUCUCCUUCAGAACAAGAAAAGCAAACUCUUCCUAAGUAUUGUUUAGAACUACCUAUUUUUAUUGUGAGGUUAUUGCCACCAUAGAGAUCUUUGUAAAAAGCUUGUGUUCAUGAAGGAAUUUGUACUAGAUACUGGUUUGUGUGUCUUACUGGAUUUUGUAAGGGUUUUUUCCCUUUGGGAAUUGUGUGUUAUUAAUGAGCAGUUUUAUGCUUUAUUUCUGGUAUGUGUACACAUUGUAAGUGAUGUGCUUUUUUUUUUUUUAAAUCUCUGUACAGACAGAUUGAUAUUCGGUAGAUACUCACUGGCUGAAGUUUUCAUAUUGCCUACAAAUUUACACAUGUGGAUAAAUCCAUAUCAUAACAGAGGAACAACAGUUCAUCUAGCAUCAGUUAAAAAAACCAGCUUAUAGCCUAUAUAUUGUACUUGAACAUUGGAUCUUGACUAAAACGAGUAUUAGUUCAGCCUUAAUCUAAAACAAAACACAUGUAUCACAGGUAAAUUUCCCCCCACUGUCCCCAUCUUUCGUAUUCUGAAGUGUUCGAAAAGCAAUGACUAGGUAAACAAUAUCUGUAAUAUAUCAGCCAUCAUCAAAUAAGGCUGUGCUCCAACAGUUCUCUACUUUUAGCUAGUGUAAAAUGAUUACAGCAAAAGCAAAAUAAAUUACACCAAAUUCUACAUUUAC